AUGGUCAAAACACAACGCUUAGAUGACAGAGAAUACCAGGAUGUAUGUAGGCCUUCGGAGAAUUUUAUUCCUGUCGAAGUGAAAUUGGAAUGCAGCUGGACACGAUGUCAACUUUUGCCCAUUCCAGUUUCAGGUAGCGCGCAGACUCCGGGCAUCAACCUUUACAGAGUACUGGUCAAAAGCCAAAGUCAAAGCUUGUCUCGAAGUGGUUACAUAAUGCGGCGUUUGCAUCGGCUUUGCUAUAUGUCAAAUGUUGAAAUAUUGAUGUUGGCUUGCGGACAAAGAAGGUUGCGCGAGGGAAUGGCGGGACGUGGGCGUAGGCAGCCGGGCACAGUGGUUCUCGGGCUGCUACCAGCGAUGGACGGGGUUGGGAUGUAUAGAAGCCAGUGGAGGAUGAAAGGAACUGGUGAGAGUGGGAAAAGCACCUUUAUCAAGCAAAUGAGAAUUAUCCAUGGGUCUGGUUACAGCGAUGAAGACAGGAAGGGCUUCACGAAGCUGGUCUACCAAAACAUCUUCACUGCCAUGCAGGCCAUGAUCAGAGCGAUGGACACCCUGAGAAUACGAUACGCGUGCGCACAGAAUAAGGAACACGCCCAGCUCAUCAGGGACGUGGAAGUGGACAAGGUCUCGGCGCUCUCCAGGGACCAGGUGGCAGCCAUCAAGCAGCUCUGGCAGGACCCCGGCAUCCAGGAGUGCUAUGACAGGAGGAGGGAGUACCAACUCUCCGACUCGGCCAAGUACUACCUGAGCGAUAUCGACCGGAUCGCCAUGCCAUCGUUUGUACCCACACAGCAGGAUGUGCUGCGGGUCCGCGUGCCCACCACUGGCAUCAUCGAGUAUCCGUUCGAUUUGGAAAACAUCAUCUUUCGGAUGGUGGAUGUCGGUGGCCAGCGAUCCGAACGGCGGAAGUGGAUUCACUGCUUCGAGAGCGUCACCUCCAUCAUUUUCUUGGUUGCUCUGAGUGAAUAUGACCAGGUCCUGGCUGAGUGUGGGAGUGAGAAUCGCAUGGAAGAAAGCAAAGCCUUGUUUAAAACCAUCAUUACCUACCCCUGGUUUCUGAACUCAUCGGUGAUUUUGUUCUUAAACAAGAAGGACCUUUUGGAAGAGAAAAUUAUGUACUCUCAUCUAAUUAGCUAUUUCCCAGAAUACACAGGACCAAAACAGGAUGUCAAGGCUGCCAGAGACUUUAUCCUGAAGCUCUACCAAGACCAGAAUCCUGACAAGGAGAAGGUCAUCUACUCCCACUUCACAUGUGCUACGGAUACAGAGAACAUCCGUUUUGUGUUCGCUGCCGUCAAAGACACCAUUCUACAGCUGAACCUACGAGAAUUCAACUUGGUGUAGCAGGGCUGCCCACAGUGCCGCCACAGGGGGCAGAGCUCGCCAGGGCUUCUGUCCCCCAGACAACACGCACGCCACAGGGACUGGCCUGGGUAAUGGAACUUGAAGACGUUUGAGUUGACCCGUUCUUUUCAGUCUUUUCAAGUUGUUUCCUUUUCUGAGUGUGUUUCUUGCCUUCUGGAUAGUGUGUUCAAUUUUGGAUUUUGUAUAUUUGAAAGGCACCCGUGAUUUACAAAAAAAUUUGAUUUGGUGUUUCAUGGUAAGCUGGAAGGGAUUAAGAGGGGCUUGUUAACUUAUAUGCCAGGCCUUCCGCCUUCUAUGACGAAUUUUUUUUUUAAAAGAAUGUUUAAUGGGCUUCAUGCUCUUUAUUAAAUUAUAUAUAGUAGACUGAUUUUGAGUUUUCAGUGUUUCCUCUUUCGAGGAAGUGUGACUUUCAACAUUACCAAAGCUUUCAUUUUUCUGGAGAAGUUUUUGUGUGUGAACUAUUUUUAUCUUUCUUUUUGAUGCCACUGUGGUGCCUUCCCCUCAGCCUACUGCUUGCAUUUGGCUUUACGGCUGGUGCUCUACCCCAAGCCAUGCCUCCUGUCCAUAUCUGGUUGGUUAACUGGAGAUGGAUUGAGAACUUUUCUGCCAAGGUUGGCUUUAAACCUG